AUGGGGAAAGGCGUAGCCGCCUGUAGGAACGCCGCCGCAUCGCGUCGCGAAAUACGGGUUCAGCCGCCCCCCUCUUCGUCUCAAACCAUGGUCCAUGUCAGCAACCAAGCGCUAGUUCUCCGCGAAAUUAGCGUCCAAUGCAGUCAAAAUGCACACCCGUUCCACCCAGCUGCGAGAUCCGUCUCCACGGGUCCGGGGCAAAGACAAAGACCCAAUAGCUUAAUCAGGUUUUCUCAAAAGACACGAGGCGGACGAACCAGCCUGACAUUUGGAAGCCGCCCGGACUUCGAGCUGAGUCGCCUUGCGCGCUCGAGGUUCCCGGGAAACCGGCAAGGGUUACUUCACGUUGGUGUCAACCGAGCCAAUGAUGGCCAAGGUGUCACCCAACUUGGCGAUAUUACCAAUUUUCCAACAGUAAAGGGGCCAAUGGAAAUCCAAGUAGAGAGGCUGGAACGCGUUUGCGGAUAUCGCCUUACGGACAAUCGUGCCCUUUCGGGCGAUACCAGCAACGUGGCACCGGGGAUGAUCACGGCGUCGAUGAAUGUCAUGCCAUGGUCGCGCUAA